AUGGCGGACUUCCAGACCAUCGCUCAACAAUUCGUUGAGUUCUACUACAAGACCUUCGAUACCGACCGCGCACAACUGGCUGCUCUUUACAGAAACAACUCUAUGCUCACAUUCGAGAAAGACCCAUUUCAAGGCACCCAGAGUAUUCUCGAGAAGUUGACGAAUCUGCCAUUCCAAAAGGUCCAACAUCGUGUAGAUACUACGGAUGCACAGCCCUCAAAUGAGACUGGCGGGAUUUUGGUCAUGGUCACUGGCGCUUUGAUGGUCGACGAUCAGCCGCAGCCAAUGAGCUACGUUCAAGUCUUUAACUUGCUGCCUGAUGCCGGGAGCUACUACGUUCAGAACGACGUCUUCCGAUUGGUGUAUGCCGCCGGUUGA